AUGGACCCAAAUCCCCGCACAGCUCUGGAGCGCCAGCAGCUCCGCCUUCGAGAACGGCAGAAAUUCUUUGAAGACAUUUUACAACCAGAUACAGAAUUUGUCUUCCCCCUGUCCCACCUGCAUCUCGAAUCACAGAGACCCCCCAUAGGUAGUAUCUCAUCUAUGGAAGUGAAUGUUGACACGUUGGAGCAAGUGGAACUUAUUGAUCUCGGAGAUCAGGAUGGAGCAGAUGUGUUUUUGCCUUGUGAAGAUCCUCCACCAACACCCGAGACAGCUGGAGUGGAUGGGCAUUCAGAGGAGCUGAGCCUACCAGUGCCGACAGCAGACAGGACCACAUCCCGCACCUCCUCUUCCUCUUCCAACUCUUACAUCAACCUGCACAGUCCAAAUCCCAGUGAUGGUGGAGCAGACACACCCUUGGCACAGUCUGAUGAUGAGGAAGAAAAGGGUGAUGAAGGGGCAGAGCCUGGAACCUGCAGCUAGCACUGGGCCCCCCACCUAUAGACUGAUGAAGUUGACAAUUCACCACAUGAGAUCCAAGGUCCAGCCACAGCCUUUUGGAGAAAAACUAGACGUUUGUCUUGCAGUGGGCACCAGAGAGAACAAAGGAUGGUGGACCAGCCUGUCUCUCUGGGAAUUAACCCCUCCUGCUUUCCCACUAACCUUUCCUGCUGUACUCCUUUCACCAGUUUUUGGCUUACUCCUCAGGUAGGGCUUGAAAGUGGAGCUGGAAAAUGAGGUAGGACAGUGUGCCACUGCUUUCCUUCGCACUCAUCCCUUUUCCCAGACUGCCCUGUAGUCUUCUAAUAGAAUCUCCUACAACUGUUUCUCUAAGUGGAUAUGAACUUCUUAGCACCCUAGUGAGGUGGCAUACUAGCCAUUCUGCUACCCUCCAUCCAUUUUUGAACAGGGCAUGGUAUAAAUAAUAAAUAAUAAUACAUCAGCCAUUCCAUUUCAUUUUUCACAUUGCAAAGAUAUCAAACCCACUGUAUUUCCUUAGCACUCUUAACAGAUACCACAGCCCUGCCUUUCAUUUACUCUCAUUUACUGUGCUGGUCAUUUGGAUUACAGUUUUUGAACAACAUAGGCUGUAUCCCUGUCUUCAUGGAAUUUUACCAUAUUUCUAGGGGGAGAAAAAUCAAGUAAAUACCACAAUACACAGUGUACUAAAUAAUAUGGUGAGGGAAUACGCUGGUAUCAGAAUAUAGGAUACUUUUUUUUUUUUUCCCUCCAGGGUUAUUGCUGGCCUCGGUGCCUGCACCAUGAAUCCACUGCUCCUGGAGGCCAUUUUUCCCCUUUUGUUGCCCUAGUUGUUGCAGCCUUGUUGCGGUUAUUAUUGCCAUUGUUGACGUUGCUUUGUUGUUGGAUAGGACAGAGAGAAAUAGAGGAGGGGAAGACAGAGAGAGGGGGAGAGAAAGAUAGACACCUGCAGACCUGCUUCACCGCCUGUGAAGCGACUCCCCUGCAGGUGGGGAGCCGGGGGCUCAAACCGGGAUCCUUACGCCGGUCCCUGCGCAUUGCGCCACCGCCCGACCUCCCAGAAUAUAGGAUACUUUUAUUAACAUAGAUUAUAUUGUCACUGAAGAUUGGUUUUCAAGCUGAGAUAUAAAGGAUGAGUAGGAGUUAGAUAGGUCGGGCUAUAACACAGUAAGAAAAAGCACAUUUAAAUGGAGAGAACAUAGUCCCACAGAGCUGAAAACACCCAGCUUGGAUGAAUUUGAAGAGAUAAGACUGACAAAAAUUGGGUCAUGAAAUGCUUUGAAACUUGUAUCUCAUUUAAAUUAGACUUUCUUAGUAAGAUGUCAUUGCCUUAGUAUAAAGUUUCACAUAUAACCUCUCAUCCCCCUCCCCCAGAGUACAGGGCAAUGUGUGACUGCUUCAUAUUAGUGUUUUGUUUUUUUUUUUACCAUCCAGGUUCUUUUUUUUUUUUGCUUGUUUGUUUACUCAUCUCAGGUGCAUGGCUUUCUUAUUGUAUAGCUCAUGUAUAAGGUGGUUAUUGAAGCCCUAGCCAUCUUGUUCUUAAAACUGGCACAAGUGGUCCGGGAGGUGGUACAGUGGUUAAAGCAUUGGAUUCUCAACCAUGAGGUCCUGAAUUUGAUCCCCUGCAGCAUGUGUACCAGAGUGAUGCCUGGUUCUUUCUCUCUUCCUAUCUUUCUCAUGAGUAAAUAAAUAAAUUCUUAAAAAAAAAAAAACUGGCAUAAAGCAGAAGAAGUUGGGGAUUAGCAUAAAAGGCCCUGCUAGCUGUCUGUUCUCACUGCAAGGAGCAGUUUUUGAAUAGCAUCCACUUUCAUCUCAUUGAUCAUAAUUUGCUCACUUAGAAAAUAUUUCAUUUAAAAAAAUACUUCAUUUAUAGACAUAAGCACAAGAACACUACAAUAUUAAGAAGAAAGAAUACUCUAAGAAGAAAGAAUACAAGAGUAUUCUUUUAAUAGUAAAGUAGCCUUGUCAAGGCACUGAAUUACAAAUACAUAUGAUUUCUUUACCGCCUGUCAAACUUCUCAGAAAAACCCUGGGUUCUGAGGAGGCUGGGAUGAUCCUUGAAUUUGACUCACUACCAUCCUAAUAAAAUUGGGGUUUUGUUACUAAGGAACAAGAGACAGACAAUAGUUACGAGAUAGAUGACUAGCAAUUUACAUGUUAAGAAAUCAUGUUAAUUUUGAAUUUUAUUGGCAAUAAAGAAGGGUUAUAAUUUU